UAUUAUUAUUAUUAUUAUUAUUAUUAUUAUAGAAUUCAGACAAAAAAGGAGGUAGUUAAGCUAAGCUUCGCCAUGCACGUCUGUCUUACCCCGAAACUUAAGCACCCUUAUUCCCCUUUGACCCAAACAAAUUUAAUCCUCAACCAUACAAUUACUACUACACCAUAACAAAAUAAAACUUAUAAUUAAAUAAAACAAAACAUUCUAAAUUCAAUAAAAAAAAAAAAAUUAAUAAUAAUUUUUCUAAAAUUUAAUCACUCUUAACCCACCUCAAUUUCUUUCAUUAUGCACCCCACGUUUAGCCAACCCAACUUAAAAAAAAAAACAUUACUCAAUGACCUCUCCAAAUAUUUUCUCAAAACUCACUAAUAAUAAUAAAAAAAACAUAACCAUUUGGAAAAGUUAAGGCAAACUUGUUCUUCAAUCUCCUUCCUUUCCUUCUCCUCUGGUCUUAUAUCUCUCUCUCAAACUUUGUUGUGUCAAAACGACUUAGAAGAGAAUGGUGUUAGACCAAGAGGAGCAUGAACAAGAUAUGAGGCCACCAUUUAUGAUUAACGACGACUACGACGAAGAAGAAGAAGAAGCCUCAACUGCUACCGCCGGGUUGAGACAUGCCAAGAGUCUUGGAAUUGAGAGCUCUGGGUGUUUGGAUGAUGAAACAGAGGAGGAGUUUGAAGACCCACGUGUAAUGGGUACAAGGAGUUAUGGAGGAAAACCCUUAAACGACAUGGAAAGACAGAGAAUAAGGUCUGCCUUUAUUAAAAAAGACAAAGGGUCUAAGCUCUCUCGUAAUUCUCGUAUUGGUAAAGAUUAUCAUGAGGCUACUGGGUCUAGAGAUGUUGUUAAUGUUGUUGUUAAAGAAGCUCAGACCUCAGAUAUGGAACAAAUGAAGGAAAGGUUUGCUAAAUUGCUUUUGGGUGAAGAUAUGUCUGGUGGUGGAAAGGGUGUUUCUUCAGCUUUAGCAUUAUCAAAUGCCAUUACAAACCUUGCAGCCUCUGUUUUUGGUGAACAAUGGCGUUUAGAGCCAAUGUCAGCAGAAAGAAAAGCCAGGUGGAGAAAAGAAAUAGAUUGGCUCUUAUCUGUUACUGAUUACAUUGUUGAAUUUGUCCCUUCACAACAGAAAUCCAAAGAUGGAAUAAGUAUGGAGAUUAUGGUGACAAGGCAACGGACUGAUCUUCACAUGAACAUUCCUGCUCUUCGCAAACUUGAUGCCAUGCUCAUUGAUUGUCUUGAUAACUUCAAGGACCAAAAUGAAUUCUCUUAUGUGUCAAAAGAUGCACCAGACUCAGAGAAAGGAAAUGCAAAGAGAAAAGAUGAUAAAUGGUGGUUACCUGCUCCUAAAGUUCCUGAAGAUGGUUUAUCAGAAAUGUCAAGAAAGUUUUUGCAGUAUCAGAAAGAUUGUGUAAACCAAGUGCUUAAAGCAGCAAUGGCCAUAAAUGCUCAAACUUUGUCAGAAAUGGAAAUCCCAGAUAACUACAUUGAAUCCCUCCCCAAGAAUGGAAGAGCAAGUUUAGGAGAUUCAAUUUAUAGAAGUAUUACAGUUGAGUUCUUUGACCCUGACCAAUUUCUUACCACUCUAGACUUAUCCUCUGAACACAAGAUUUUAGACCUUAAGAACAGAAUUGAAGCUUCCAUUGUGAUUUGGAAAAGAAAAAUGAACCAAAAAGAUGGGAAAUCAGCUUGGGGUUCAGCUGUUAGUUUAGAAAAAAGAGAACUUUUUGAAGAGAGAGCUGAGACUAUUUUACUCCUUCUCAAGCAAAGGUUCCCUGGAAUCCCUCAAUCUGCACUAGACAUCAGUAAAAUCCAAUACAACCGAGAUGUAGGACAAGCCGUUCUUGAAAGCUAUUCAAGAAUAUUAGAGAGCUUAGCUUUUACAGUCACAUCAAGGAUUGAAGACGUUUUGUAUGCAGAUUAUGUGACACAAAAUCCAUCACAAGCUUCAUAUAGGAGGAAUUCAUUGAGAGAAUCCACAGGAGCUGCUACCCCUCAAUGCACAUCUCCACCGGACAGAUUCUCUAGCCCGAAAGAUGAUUCCAUCUCUGCAGCCGAGACCAUGACACUGUCCGAUUUCAUGGGAUGGGGUUUGGAACAGGGUGGUGACCCUGAGGCUGCAAAGAAGGAGUUAGCAGGAUUAUUUGAAGAUGUUCCAAAAGAAGGUAGUGAAGGAGUAAAACAUCCCCAUAUGCAAAAAAUUGCCAACAUUGUCACUAACAAGAAGACUUCUUAUCUUGAGACAUUGGGAGGGUUGAGAAGUCCAACGGCGCGCCAUUGAUGACAAUUGAGAGUGUGGAAGAAGAAGAAGUAGUAGAGACAGUGUUAAAGAGAGAUAAGUUUAAGGUAUAAAGUAAAUUGAAAACAAAAAACAAAAACAAAAAGCCAAGGCUUUUCAAAUGUAAAUUUUUACUAAUUAGAACCCCCAUAUGGAAAGGAGGGUGUUGUCCAAGUUAUGGUUACCUAUUUUUCAUUGUGAUCAAGUUAAUUGUAUAUAGGGAAGCCAAUUUGGGGAUUGAAACAUUUUGCAAUAUGAUGUUUUUCUUUUUGUACAAGAGAAGAUGGUUUUGUAGUUUUUAAGUACUCAAA